GUGGCCGCCAUCACCGGCCUCGUCACGGACGUGGCCCGCGCGGAGGCCGAGAUGUUCCAGAUUGUUAACUAUGGGAUCGGUGGACAUUACAAUUACCACGACGACUUUCUCUACAAAGAUGCUACCAGGCAUCAAUUCGAACACACUCCUGACUAUCUCAACUCGGGGGAUCGCAUCGCAACAUUUAUGUUCUACCUGAGUGACGUGAUUCGGGGCGGCGCCACCGCCUUCCCGAAGCUGGGCGUGUCCGUGUUCCCGGAGCGGGGCGCCGCCGCCUUCUGGUACAACCUGCGCCGCAACGGCCGCGGCGACGUUCGCGCGCUGCACGGCGGCUGUCCGGUGGCGUACGGCGCCAAGUGGAUCGCCAACAAGUGGGUCCGCGAGCGCAACCAGUUCCUGCGGCGGCCGUGCACGCUGGACCCUUCCCAGUGA